CCGAUAGCGCAAUGCGCAUGCGCACCAUAAACGUUGCAUCCUGUAUUUAAAUUUGAGCAUUCGACCCAAGACCUGUUAACGAUGGUCACCUUCGUCAUUUGUACACAUUUGUAACCGUACGAUUUUCGUGUGUACACCUUUCGGAAACCUUAAAAAAAUCUCGUCCGUUGAUUAGUCAGUCAGUCAGUCAGCCGAGCCUGCAGCCUCCACUCAUUGUCCAUUGACCAGUUCAAACUUCAGUUUUGAUUCGAAUGUUUUGAUCUUACAUUACCUAUACUCUUAAGGCUUUGACUUUGAUUACGCUUCUUUAUCAUGGUAUCUGAUUAUGUAAUAACCAAUGAAAAUAUGAAUUUUUAUAUUCAGUAGGAUUAUAGACAUUGUAUAAUACAUUCAUAACAUGGAAUUAUGUGUGUAUAAAAUUUAAUGUCGCUUACUCAUUCGAUAUUCGGCAUAUUGUAUUCAGUUGUAACCAUGUACACAUUUUCAUAAAUUAAUUAAUCUAGGUUUUUUUUUUUUUUUUCUUAUUAGUUGUGACUUGGUUUAUCUUCAUUGUAGAAAUUUAUAGAAAAAAAAAGUGAGUUAUUUAUUAAUAUUAUAAUUUAAUAAUAUCAUUUAUUAAUCACCAGUACAAUAUUUAUUAUAAUCACUUAUUUAACUACUUAAUUAACAGUAAAUAUAAAUAAAUAUUAAAUAGACCUACAGGCUAUAAUUGGUAAUUUAUGAUGGUAGGUAAAAAGCUAGAAUUUGAAAUCUGUUGAACAUGUUUACCUAUUUUAAUUAUUUUGCUGCCGACACAUAUGUAUGCAUAAGUUGUUGCAUCCAAAAAUAUUAAGCUUGUUAAACCCAAGAUAUACUCUUAAGUCGGUUUCGACCAUUUUUACUUGAUGGCACUUGGUUUUGGUUUUCACACACAAAUAGGAAUAUAUAUUAUUUUAGUUUGUUGACAAUAAUAAAACUAAAUAACUAUACAUUGUAUACAUUUUAAUGGAUACCUAAUUCAUUUAACAGGAACUAUUUAUAUACAGUAUUUAACAAUAAUGGGGAAGAACGUGUUCAUUUUGUGUGAACUGGACAUGAUAAUGUUUCAUUUUGAAAAUAUUCACUUGAACUCGAACAGAGUUCUUAUGUUUUUGAUUUGUUUGUUGACUAGGUAACUUCCAUAAACCACAGUUAUGUGUAUUACUAAUAUUUUAUUUUCACAUUAGUGUAAUAAAUGAAAAAAGAUGCUUAGGUAUUUCAUUUAUUACUUAUUAUUAUGAUAGGAAAUAAAUAUAAUUGUAUAAUGAUAUACUUACCUAUACUGGAUGGAAGCAAUGAUAUUGUUAUAAAAGGCAGCAAUGCUGAAGAAGAACACAAACUGAAUUGCAGUAAUUUUCUGAUGCGAAGAAAACACAGACAGAAAAAAGAACAAGGUACGUCUCCGCGCGAGGAGAGGCUCUGACUUGGAUUGUUGGGCCAGAGAAUAUAUAUGGAGAAAAAAGGAUAGUGUCUUAUCAUUCAGUCAUCAUUAUCAUAUAUUAUCUUAAAUAUCAAUUAUUGAAAAUAAAUUAAUUUAAUAAUAUAAAACUAAUACUUAAAAUAAAAUAAAAUAAAAAAUGUGUACUGAUGUAACAAUAUACUAAAAUUUCAAUAUUAUAGAAGUAAUAUAAUAUACGACUAGUUAGUUAUAAAAUUUAUUUCAUAAAUAAACAUUUUAUAUAAAAAUUUUGUUUUCAUAAUUAAACCCACUAUAUUGGAUAAACUGAAUUAUUGAAUCAAAUAACAAUGUUAUUUAUAAAUAAUUUACUCUUAUUGCAAUUUGAUGAACUUAAACUACCUUAGUUAAUUUUGAAAAAUAUGAAAUUUAAUAUUUUAAACUAGUUCAUAUUUAUUUUAAUGUCUGGAACUUGAACUAGAUUUUUAUAUAUAACUUUCCCAUUACUGGUAUUUUAAAAUACUAUUUGUAGUCAUAAUGAUUAUUUUUUAUAAAUCAUUCUUUAAAUUAUUCUCCAUACAAAUGUUUAGUUUUUUUUUUUUGUAAUAUUGUUAAAUUUUUGUUAAAGGGUUUAAAUUAAAUUUAUAUGCAAUUACAAAUUAUUUUUUAUAUGUAUCUAAAAUAUAAUAAACUCUUUUUACAGAUGAUAUUUUUUUCUCACCUAAAGAUUUCAUCAAAUGUGUGGCGGUUUAAAAGGCAUUUAUCAACUGUUAUGGACGAUGUACUGUUUGAAGUUAAAAACGAUGUUGGUAUAAUUACUUUGAACAGACCAAAAGUGUUAAAUUCUCUCAAUAAAUCAAUGGUUAAUAAAAUGUAUCCAAAACUCAAGGAAUACGAAUCACAAGUUCGAAUGGUGAUUAUUGAAGGAGCUGGUGAGAAAGCAUUUUGUGCUGGAGGAGAUGUUAAAACUAUUACAGAAAAUGGUGUAGGUACUACAUCACUAGAAAAAGGUACUGCAUUUUUUAAACAUGAAUAUUCAAUGAACAGUUUAAUUGGUAAAUAUAAAAUCCCCUACAUUUCAUUGAUUGAUGGUAUUACAAUGGGUGGAGGUGUUGGAAUAUCUGUUCAUGGAAAGUAUAGAGUGGCAACUGAAAAGACAUUAUUUGCUAUGCCAGAAACAGCAAUUGGAUUGUUUUGUGAUGUUGGUAGUAGUUAUAUUUUACCUAAAAUGGAAAACUAUUUAGGAGUUAUGUUAGGUUUGACUGGAGUUAGGUUAAAAGGUAGUGAUGUUGCUAAAGUAGGUAUUGCAACACAUUAUGUUAAUAGUUCUGAAAUAAAAAGUUUAAAGACUAAACUGAUUGAAGACAUCCGAGAUCCAGAAAUAAUUCUCAAAGAAAAUACAGAAAACUUAGAUAAUUUUAAAUUCUCUAUGGAACCAUUUUUAGAGAAAAUAAAUUUGAUAUUUUCCAAUGAAAAAGUUGAAGUGAUUUUGGAUGCUCUGUAUAAGGAUAAUUCUGUAUGGGCACAAGGAAUACUUAAAACGCUUAAAGAAGUUAGUCCUACAGCACUUAAAAUUACCCGAAAAGAAAUAUUAAAAGGAAAAAAUCUGAGUUUAGAUGAAUGUUUAAAAAUGGAAUACCGAUUAGCAUAUAGAUGUAUAGAAGCCGAAUAUUCUACAGAUUUUUAUGAAGGUUUGUCUUAAAAAAAAUGUGAUAUAUUAUCAUAAAAUUGAAGAAUAAUUACCUAUUGUUUUUUCUUUCGUACAGGAGUAAGAGCAUUGUUAAUUGAUAAAGACAAAACUCCGAAAUGGUCUCCGUCAACACUUGAAGACGUUAAGAAUGAGGUUAUAGAUAAAUAUUUUGAGCCAUUACCAAAUGAUAAAGAGUUACAAUUGCCCUAGGAAAUAUUAUUAUUAUUUGUAUACACAUUACACAUUUUAAUAUAUUGUUUUUAUUUCUAUUGCAAACAUAUAUAAUUGUUUGAAAAUAUUUUUUUUGUACCUGAGUACACCAAUAUUGUUUUGUUAUGACGUGCUAUUUUAUCAAAAUUCAUAAUUAGCUUUGUAUUACCCAAUAAUCAUAAGUUCAUAUUAAUUAUAUAUUUUUAUUACAUUAUUUA